AUGGGUCGUGGGGGUGUACGGGGAAAGGCGAGCUCCGCUAGCCAACCCUAUGACACAGAGGCCGCAUUCAUACCCGUAAACCUAAAUGUCAGCGUUUUUGAGUUUCUCCUUACUGGACACUUCGAGCAGGACUACCUAUCCUACUGCGCCAACCGACUAAAUGACUAUUCUUGUGUAUACUGGUUUGAUCCGACAGUGUCCAUUGACCUAAAAGGUUUGUAAUUUUAAUUUGCAUAAUAUGUCAAGCAUAUUUCGUCCGGUAUUUUAGUUUCUACAGCAAUUCUUGACUUACAGAAUAACUUUAAUUCCAAGGCCCUAUCACAACGGCAUUUCCUUUGAUUGGAAAGCUUUUCAGUUUGAAUCUAGUGCAAGGAAAUGCUGAGCACUUUUGGGAAUUCUUCUAGUCUGCUAGGAAAACUCUGAAUAGGUAAAACGAUUUUCGCAUGCUUUUUUAAGUUCUUCCGAAAUAUAGGCAGAAAGAGAUAGCUCUGGUUUACUUAAUUGAAAUCUAAACGGCAUGAUACGUCGCCAAAGAAUAGUAAAAGCUGAUUGCGUCAUGGCAAACUUUCGCAAAAAUCUCUCUGCAAUUUAAAGACAAAGGUACCCUAAAAAUUCUCCAUUAAUAACGCUUCGAAAGUAAGUAGGUAGUGUUUCCUGUUGGGUUCCUUAUUUUAUUUUUUAAUUGAAAAUUUGUUAACACUGAACUAGGUAAUAGUUACCUUCUGUUCUGUUGCGUUCGACAGAAACUGUCUUGCUGACGAAAGGCCUUCACCGAUUACUGUCAUAACAUAGCAGCUUCCCUAAACAAAUACUGUUGUAGGCUUUGGGAUUUGCGUCCUCUGAUGUGGCGAAUGUAGCUCCACAUUAAUAAAGUGUAGUUAGCAUACAACUCUCUUUUGUCACGGCCGCUCUAUUUUCUGCUUUCAAACACUGAUCCGUUUGAAAGUUUCCGAAAUGGUUAACUUUAGCACUUAACGACCCUGUGAGGCAAAGGACAACAGAGUUCAAAACUUGAUGCAUCCCAAUUAAUAAAACUAAAUUAAAUCAUUCUAACCUGUGUAGUUUGAGUGUAAAGACCAUGAGAAACGUUACUUGUGAUGGUCUCCACAUUCGGUUGUGUCCUGCAUGAAAAUUGUUUUUUCAUUUUCCUCAGAGGAAUGCACUCAGAGAACUUUAACUGUCAUUGCUAAAUAGUUUUAGGAAGCUUUCAAUCUUAGUCGCCCGUAUUACAAAUCCUUGGUUUACGUAUAAUUAUACUGCUUUUAGAGAGGCAUCGUAAUGCUCGAGACUACAUUUCCUGUAAAAUCAACUAGUCCGACAUCAGUGUAAAAUGUCUGGUGGGAACCAAACCAGAUACCGUAAUCUCCAGCACACUCAGAUUAUUGUACGAAAGUUUUCAAAACGUUGGCCCCUGCAAGGCAACUUUUGCCACGGCAUCGUGGUGCGAGUUGACAGGAGUGGUGUAUUUUUAAGGCAUUUUUAGUAUCCGAUAAAGGACUUAAGUUUAUUCCUAAACCCAAAAACAAGGAAAUGCAAUCAAGCAACGAGUUUUACCACAGCAGAGAGAGCAGAAUCCCAGUGAAAAUAAAUGAGAUGAAAACUGCCCGAAAAAGUGUGCCUACGUAGCUAGCUGAAGGUUGAUUCAUAUUCAUAUUGACCCAACUGUGAAAAACUCGGUGCCUCGGUGGGAUUCGAACCCACGCAGUAAGGGGAAGGCUUUAGCGCACUUAUAAGAGGAAGUUAUUCAUCGGCGUCAAGUUCGACAGACACCCACCGCAGGGUCUGUCAAUUGUAGGGACGGCAGGCGACAGUCGGCGUCCGUUGGCAAUGGCGGCUAGAGUUCUAAGGGAGUGCGCUACCACCCACUCAUUCUUUGAGGUAUAUAAGUCAUUCGAAGAUAUUCAAUCUUUCCCUUGGAAGAAACCAAACAUGUGUUCUCACAAGAGGCACGAUACGCUCUGUAAAUUUGAUUUUAAGGAGCUAACAAAUCCAUUAAGUACAUGAGAAUAUUAGCUUGCAAACCUGAGAAAAUUCGUAGACCAGGAACUACUCAUGGGGAAGCGAAAUGCAAAUGUGGUCGCCAUUUUAAACUACUUUUUCGAUUUUCAUCCUAGGACAAUCGUACAGUUGUCCACAUACUUAGGGAGCAUAACCCGCCGGGAUAACGCCGUUGCGAUUAAACCUACACGUAUUGGAACCAGCGAAUUUCCUCGUCUUAUAAAUUGACCUUGGUAAAUCGCUCACAGUCGGAGUUAAGUUUUUUACGACCGGUUUUGGGUAGAAAUACCCGCCUCCUACUACCGGCGGUCUCGCGCCUAGUUCCAGGGGUACCUAUUCCCAUGUCCUAACAUUAAUCCUAACCCUAACCUUAGCACUGACGCCAACUCUAACCCCCACUACCCCCCCCCCUUCUAGAAUUUGGCGCAAGGCUACUUGUUAUACGGAGGCACCCAUUCCCGUACUCUACUGAAUGAUCUUCCUUCACUUCAGUGGCACUUAGGAAAAUGGGCCCCUUAGAUUCUAUUUCGAUCCAUUUCGAUCUGUUAAGUGAGUACGAAGCGCACGCGGUUCACUGUAUUCUGUCACCACAAACCUACUUUUGUCGGUCACAACUGAACUCCUUACCGAACCGGUCAGUCUUCAUGUAGAUCGUUCUGCUACAAACUUUAAAGAGUCCAUCCACAGUGAUUAUUUAAAGAAUCCGCACUUAAGGGCGAUAUCUAUGAUCAUUUGGGUCUUUAAGAUCUUCGAUUACUUGAUAAUAUCUGUGCAAAUAUACUCAACUCUACGUCUGCGAAAUGAUAGGAAGGUGCGGUGGUAAGUGUGCUUGAGUCCGCUCGAUUUGACUGACUUGUUCAAAAUCCAACAAAGUACAACAUAUUGUGUGUCAAAUAAAGGGCAUCCCUAAAGGGAACGGUGGACGUACAGUUUGCUGUUACCUGAAUGCUAAAAAUGAUGACAGGUACCUUAAAGGGAGCACUAAAUGAAAUUCAUUAAUUACCGGUGAAAUUGUGUAAUCAUUAUUCAUUAAAUGUGGGAUCUUUAUAGCAACGGGGAGCUUUAUUAGAAUUCUCCAGAGCAUCUAUCCCACUAAGGAGCGAAGUAAAGUCGGUUCAGUAAAAAUACUAACAGCAUCCCUUUUGUAGCUAAGUAGUUAACCACUUUAAUCAUGGCCCAAUCGCAUUUUGGAGGGGAAUAAAAAGACAUCACUGAAAGACGUGUAUGCUGUUCAGAAGCUCGGUGGCGGUCAGAACUCCGACGCGCGGUCGGCUCCGGGCUCGCGCGCGCGUACGUCGACCAUGAUGAUAUGGGCGCGAAUGUAUAAGCGUCACGUGACAUUCAGUCGCCAGUUUCGUGGGUUGAUUGGGUGACCGUGGUGUUUGUGGCGCCUGUGAUUGGCCGCCCUCGAAGCAACAUAUGCGUAUAUUCCGGCCAUUCGGAAGCCGUCAUCACAUGCUUCCAGACGCGGUUUAGCUGCCAGAGGCAGAAGGCUUGAGGCGUUUCAAGUCGAUGGGGAUGCGUCGGAAUCCAUAUCAUAUGUAGUGAGACCUCGCAGGAAGACAUACAGAAGUCAGAAAUAUGCGUUAGGUUCUAUACGAGGAAGGGAAUUGUUCCACCUUUCAGAAGUGGCCAAAUGAUAACCAUUUGUCGCAACACAACUAAAACUUAAGACGUUCCCCAAAUUUGAAGAUUUUGUUUUUUGUAGCCAGGGCAGAGUACAACACUCAUUGGCCACGCACAUCAGGUUGCUAAGAACAAGACCUGCAUUGGGAAUAAUACCCCAAGUUGAGAAAAUUAGCUACUGACACAGGGAAACCCAUGGCUAAACUAAUUGAAAUUGAAGGAGAAAAAACAAGAAAAUCUUUAACACUUUAAGAAGGAGGACAUUAACUCGUUGGUUUGUCAGAAGUAAAUUGCGGAUGUGUGCGUGUAUAAAUAUUCUUACCAGUCAUCAGUCAGGGGUAGCGUUCAACAGCUAGUGCCUAAGUAGACUGCUUCCUACAAGCUCCGCCAAAAUGAAAGGCGAACGAUCCUUUGUCAGUGCGUGCUGUAGCAUUUAUAAAAGCUCAUAUUCCAAAGAGCGGGAUUGAAGAGCCUAGCGGGAUUAGUGAAAUGCUGGCGAAAAAAUCAAAAUUCGCUGAAAUUUCUUAGCACUAAACAUCUCUUAGUGGAUACGAAAAGUGUGUCUAGGAUUUCGCACAAAACAAGUUUUUUACGAUAGUGACAUAAAUUUUUUUAUCUGGCACGCCGAUACAGACUAAUUCUGUUCUUCCAGUUGAUGGAUUUGGACUGAAAGGCGAGUCUGGUUCUGCGUCAUGGAACUUUCGCGAUCUGAGACAGCCCGCCAUGGUUGGCCAAACACUUGAGGAUUCCCACGGUUUAUUUCCCUUGUUUGAAGGAGUCGGCACUCGAGGCUGGAAUCAAAAUACUAGCAAAACUCUUCUGCUGGUGAAUGACCUAAUUAAGCUUCAAGCACCAGGCCUCUGGGCUCUCAUCCUCCCUUUUCUGUACGUCUUUGAUAUUUUAAUCUACUUGCCGACUCUUCAUGCAAUGCGGAGACUUUCCAUCACCAAACUGCCCAUCGCCAGCUUCCUGGAGUACAUCCUUAUGCUGGAGUUCGUGGGCCUGAUUCUCCAGUUGGCAGACUGCCUGCUGGUUCUCUUUAAAGGUAUCCGGGUGCUGACUAUUGCCCAGUUUGUCGGCCGAUCUGCCUGUCAGUCGCUGUCCAUGGCAAACAGCUGCUUUCGGCAUGUGCAGGGUCUACUCUACCUCUGUCUGGCCCUCGAUACCCUGAGACAUGCCAAAAACCUUAGAUACCGUUAUGCCUCCUUUAGCCGCAAUUGUGCCUAUAAUAUUCUGAUUUUGGCCGUCGCUCUGAUGGCCACCAUGGACAGUCAGUUCUUUUGGACGUUUGACCUCUCUGGCGUGGAGAAUCAUAUCACCUCUGGAGACGUGAAUGUUCUCUAUCAGUGCGAUUUCUUGUCGACCUGGCCACUGAAUCCCAUUUUUGUUUCCUAUCUCUGGCCACUGGCGGAUCAUCUGGUCGGUGAUAUUCUGCCCUGCAUAAUCCCAAUUCUAGCGGGCAUAAUCUGUAUUUCAAGAUUGUGUUAUUCCCGCACAAGACACGCGCACUUCCUACAGUUGCAGUUGGAGAAACAUGCGAGGCAGGUCCGAUCUCCCUUUCUGAAACGCCGACUUCUUGAACAGGCAAUAUGGAUUCUUCCUAUCUUCUACAUGCUCAACGGUUCGUCCAUCCUGCCCAGGCUUCUUUACUACGGGAUUAAGUACUUUCUAUUUGCUGGUACGUUCUGUUUUCGUGAAUGGAAGUUGAUUUUAGCAUGGACAAGAGUCCUUUUCUUUUCAAUGGGUCCCCAGCCAUAUAGGCUGUGCAAGAAGAAUGUUCAUAUCCGUCAACGACCAUCCAUUCUACAUGAAAUUGCCAUUCUAUUUUUUCCUCCUGUUAAUGUGACAGCCAUAGGUUCCAAGGAUCUUUGCUUUCAACUUUCUAUUCAUUAGCUCUUAAGACGCAAAAUUGAAGUGCAGGUAGAAAACCCUGAUUUCUGAUUGUAGGGGUCGGUAGUUGGAACUAACGGCCUAAUGAAAUCUUUGCACUAAGUAGAGUCAACUAACUACUUGUGUAGUUAUUCCAUUUGUGGUAGUUGUCCGACUGCUUGCCACCUCAUGGACUUUGCAAAACGAUGCCUCAACGAACAAGCUGUUGCGAUCAUGAGGCAGGCGAGUUAAAGUUGUUCAAAUGUCUCGAAAGGCGUCGGAAAUAAACGUUCUAUGGUAACGGAACAGCGUCUGCCAAACCUUCACGUUGUGGGCUUAUUAGCUUAUUUGAACACAAUAUCUAUGCCAGCAGUAACUGAACUUCGGCUGAAAACUGUACAUCUUAAUCUGUUCACAUAGCCUAGCCAUACGUAACUGCUAGGUAGGUAGGUGAUUCCAAUUAGAAUAGUACUGCAGUGGCAAACUGCCAAAUAUGUAUUUAAGUGGAGGCGAAUGUUUGCGUUCCACGAGCGUACAUGAGUAGAGAAGACUGAACGAGCAUCCAAUAUAUGGGCAGUCACUCGUGUUGAUUCGUCAGCCCAUCGGCAGCUAGCUUAUGUACGUGUAUGCGCGAUCCGAGCAUAAGUUCAGUCUGGCCUGUGUGAGGGGGUAACGAAUUGUCACAUGGGGCUGCCCACAACUUCGGAACGGGUGACUUAUUCGUCCGCGCAGCCACCAUGACAAUUGCAGAACAAGCCGCGAAUAUAUUGAAGCCUGGGCUUCGGAUAUGAACUCGAUCGAUGUAUCGAUCUGACAGCGCAAUUACCCCCAGGCCCACAUCACUGGUCGUCGUACACUUUGCGGAUACAUAGCUUUUAUUACGCUUAUUGUCGAUUGCAUUGCCGGCCUCACUCCCAUAUUUCAGCAGAGAAUCGAUGGUUCAUUUUUAGCGGCGGACUGACUAACUGUUGUUCUUUCUAUUUGUUUUGUCUGUCUUUGUAAGUCGGAGAGUGUCCCAUUUUGUUUACCGCUACAGUGAACUGAUGCGAUGUUUGUCAAUCCACUGCCCCUGCAUCGAAGCGCUUGCCUUUUCCCUGUUAGACAUAGAAACCGUUCUAUCACGCGAAGCGAAGUCACGUGCUUUGGAGCGAAAUGCACUAAUUCCGGGAGUCACGAACCAUUUCUUUUUAAUUACACCCUCCUGCUCGUUUUCUCCUAACGAAGAGGCAGGAAUGACGUGACAGUUAUUUCUCGCUAUUUUACUGUCAUCCUCAAAUUUCAGACCAAGCUUGUUUCAACUAUCCGUCCCUUAACGAACAAUUUCAUCAAUGAUGACCAUCAGAAUUUCAAAUUUCAGAAGAGUACAAUUUCACAUAAACAUUCUAGUUGGAAACUACAUCAAUUGACAAAAUUAUGCUAGGGGUCAAAAAAGCUCGGCCAGAAGAGUAGCGUUGCCAUGCGGAGCUGCAGUGCUAAAGUCCUCUGGGGACUGCACUAGCUUCCUGCCAAUCUAUUAAUGGUCUGUUUGGCCAGCAAAUUCAUGCACUUAUCACAUGGCUGCAAGAUGCAGUACAUAAACGUUUAAUCCAAGAUUGAUAUGCUCGACGUGAUCUCGAAUGCUAAUAAUUCUUUUAUGGACGAGUUAGCAAAUGCAAGGUAUCACAGACUGUUAAGCAAUUCUCAUGCAAGCUCGUUCCAUCGUCACAAUUUAGUCCCGUCGGGACUUACCCCAUUAGGCGCAAACUUUGGCGAAGUUAAUAUGAGUCCAUCUUCAAUCAACUUUUCCAAAAAGUUCGAGAAGGACUGCGUUAGCGUUUCAGGAGGAUCGGAAUUAGGAACAGUUUCGCCAGGCGUAGGAGGUGACUCCAAAAUAUAAUAAAGUUGUAACGAAAAGUACGUCGCGCUCGGAGAUUUCAGCAGGGAUCUACCGACAACUAGUUCAUCUGAUUAAAUAUUUUCCCCAGAAGUGUCCGUCUAGAAAAUAAAGUCAUAAUACGACAAACGUAAUAGUCUUACAAGUAAGUGAGCUAACGCAUGAAAUGCCAACCGAAAUUCCGAAAUGCGUUUUUGUUUCGAAAAGAUUAAGUAGGUAAUAUUGCAAAACUAAUAAUCAUGCAGCGCAGUCCUAUAAUAAUUCAGUUACCUUAGGAUACCGGCUGUCGAACGAACUUCUUUCCGGCUGCAUGUAAGCAAUAUUCUCUGAAAGAAAUGAGUACUUAAGUGACAUGCAUCGAAAAUUGAUGAAAAACGCAUGCUACUCACGUGCUAAUUUUUCGCAAAGUAUAGUUUUUGCAUGCAACCGGAAAGAAUUUCGCUCGACAGCCUGUAUCCUAAGGUAACUGAAUUAUUAUAGAACUGUGCUGCACGAUGAUUAGUUUUACUUUACUUAAUUAAUCUUUUCGAAAUGAAAACGCAUUUUGGAAUUUCGGUUGGCAUUUCAUGAGUUAGCUCACCUACUGUACAUUUCAUUAGUGAUAUCGCGGGAUAUCGCUGUCUUGCUAAGGAUCAGACGCGUCCAAACCUCUCCUUCUUUGUAAAGAAUACCCCAUAUUUAAUUUUAUCCAGCCAAACUCAUGUAGUACUUGAUAUAAUCGAUUUUGGAGGGUAUUUUCCGAAAAUUUUCAUAUAACGUACUUUGAAUACUAGUUCAUCUGAAGAAAGAUAAUUAGCUGAGGGGUCAAAUACAGAAAUAAUUAACCACUAGAAUGGACGUAGUAAAAACCGUUAAAAACUGCAACUGUGUACUUGCAAAGGAGGGUUUGAAACCGUGGACUGGUAAUCUGUCAAAAGAGUGUAAAGUGCCGAUGAUGCACUAUGACUAGGGAUUUUUGACAGUUCUUGAUGAACGGCGAAAAAAAUCUUGAAUAGGAACAAAGGUUGAUUUAGUGUGUGUCUCGACACCAAUCAUGCGCGUCAAGUUUGCGCCGUCUAUAAAAACACGAAAAUGAUCCAUCAAUUUCCUCGAAAAUUAAACAAGGCCAGGUGAAACUGGAGUUCAUAUACCAAAAAACACGGGGGAAGGCUGGGGUCCCACUGAUAAGCCGAACCCCUCGCGGCUGCGUCAGGCAGCGGCACAAGAUCGGCGAAACGCGCGUGUCAGGACUUACAGUUAGUACCUGUAUUGUCCGUAUGGUAAAUAAUUAUAUCACUGUUGUAAAGUUGGCGAUCAGAAUCACGAAUCCGCCAAUCGAAAGUCUCGAGAUUAUAAUUGGCCCCAGCAAACCAGGUGGUCGAUUAAAACUGCAGGGCUGCACUCCGCAAUUUUUGUGCCCUGGACCACGAGUUGUGUUCGUCGUACGCCGAGCGGCAUUAGACAGUGUUGUCGCCACAGAACUGCCAACCGGCACAGAUAAGAAAAUAAACAGACUAUUUCCGGCCUACAGGUAGGCAUAUAUCAUCCCUGCGACCAGCAGGACUCCAAAUUCAAGCCCAGACCAAGUUGAGCUUUGCAAUCUUCCUUGUCUUUGUCGACAACACCUUGUGCUUACUGAUUGCUCGUCACUAUACGAAUGUUCUAGGUCGAAUUCCCCAAGACAAAUAGAAUUUUCCGCAUCCUGUCUCGUAAUCAGGCCAAGUUGGCGAGCGUCCUUGUAGUGCUUUAUUGUCUCGACAGGCAGUGACUAUGUAAAUUCGAGCGAGAAUGUCGUUGCAGUUCAAAUCAGGCAAUUCUUAAAAAUAGUAAGUGAAGACCACUCUAGCGCUAGCAAAUCCUAUAAGGUUGCAUCAAUUACCGGUUUAACAAGGUUAAAAAUCUAUCACUUACCUUCUUGCUUCCCAAUCCGCUAAACCAGUAAACUAGUUCUGGAGGAGAGCAUGAAUAUGAACAUUGGUCUGGUUUUCUGAUUUCUCAACUACAUCUAUAGUUAACAAGACCAUUGCUACAUUCGGUUUUGCCUACUAUUCGUUCACAAAAAUUUUGGCAACCCACCACAUAAUGUAGUACCCCCAGCACUGAACAGUGCCACUCACGCUUAGGGUAUGAGACCAGCAGUUGAAAGCUUCUAACCCUUUUUAGAACUCGCGAUCGUGUAAAGAGGGGCUGUCCCACAUUCGUAACAUUCUUAGGAAAACUUUUAGAUCAUAAAAAUAGGUAGUCAAUGUCCGUUUGAAUUUACUUAGUUCCAAGGCACCUUGCAACGGAAUGGACACAUACUCAACAGUAGGCUAGGCGACCGAAGGUAUCGACAAUCCGUCAUGAAAGAUUUCUGUACAGAACAGUGCAAGGAAGUGCAGUAAAUCCACUCCUCGAAAGCCGACUUGGUACUGAACAAUUACGAUACAACUUUUACAUCACCCCAAAGAAUAUGUCGGUCCCUCGCACUUCCUCUGAAAACCAGCCGCCCAUUCUUUCGCGGAAAAUUUUUCAACAGUUGUAUCCUGAAUGACCUUUACUCGUUCGUCUAAUCCGUUUGCUAGAGUACGCACUUAUCAGAACCUCUGUCUUUGUUCCAACCCAAACAUUUUUCAGGGGAUCACCCGGCCAAACUUGGUGUCGUAUUCUACGAGGAGACUGACGUAGGAGAGCCCGCCAAUUUGAAGACAGUGGUUGUCAAAAAGACCCAUCGACAGAGUUUGGGAUCAGGCCUUCUCCUGUGUAUGCAGAUCGCCGAACAUACCCUACAGUUCAUUCCGCCUCUCUUCGCCCUCCUAAAGGCCGGUCUUCUUAUCGGUGGUUUGAACGAGGCGAGGCGACUCACAUUGGCCGUCGUUGGUAGGCCUUUGAAGACCCACUGGUUCUGCGCCCAGAGACCCAGGUUUGACAAAAUAGCCACCACAGAAACCCUCCGGGAUACUUCACCACCCAACACCGAUCAGCAGCUACAGCGGCAAUGUCAGCCAGACAGUGAGAGGUCGGUAGAGAAGCUCGACACUAGCCCGGAUGGUGACGUCGAGUUAACUUCAUUGUUGGCAAGAGGACAGAAUGCUGUAGUGUCACGAGGAGUAACUUGUGUGCCGUCCCCAAAGUGUGAAGUUAAAAAAGCGUCGGACAAUAGGAGAGUUCAAAAUCUAUGUGUAGAAGAGUUUUCUGUUUAAAAAUGGAGGAUCUCUUUUACCGGGGCUAAAGCAGUUGUUCUCGUUUUCUUUCAUUUCCCGCAUUUUUGUAAUGGACAGGCAAAAUGUUUGAGAAAAUGCUACACUAAAACCCCCCUAUCAAUUUAUGCUGCGACAGCCACAGGUUAAGAAAAUGAGAAUUUCUGAAGGUGUUUACCAAGUUGCCUACUAAACGCCGUCCCCCAGUAAGUGUUGCCAUUAUUCGUGCGUCACCUCCUGUGAGCGUAGUCAGCGUCAUGGCUCACUAAAAGAUGAAGGCACUAUAGUCCAUAGGCAUGAAAUUGAUGAAGUAGUAUCUUACACAUUUUUUUGAAUAGGGACAAGAGCACACCUGAAAUUCAUGGGUCAAAUACGGAGUAAAACGAACGGCGAAAUAUGUCGACGGUGAAAUGGGUCGACAAUACGGUCCCCAAAUCACAAGUCAGGGAAGACACAUUAGGCUGGACAAGCCCUACUGCGGGAUCGUACAGGAGGGCUCAGCAAACAGUUGUCACAAUCUGCCUCUUCAGGUGUGUUUUCUGUGUCCGCUGUUGAGGUUCUUAACCCAUAGCGCGUGUGCGCCUCUGGCCUGGUUUGGGCUGUGUUCGCCUGCAGGCAAUUAACGAAGAACCAGUGUGGAUUGGCUUCGAGCUCUCGCGAGGCUAA